GGAAGGGAGAUAAAUGAGUAAGGGUGAGAGGGAGGGAGAAGGGAGAUUAGGCAAGGGAGGGUAAGGGAUAGGCUAUUUCCAAAGACUUAAAAGAAUAUUAUACUAGUGUUGUGAUUAAUGUUAUUUCCACGUUCAUGGUACAGAGGAAGGGUCACACUACCACCAGGGUCAUACAACUACCCCUGGAAAUGCCCACAACUCCCACGAAAGCCUUGUCAAAUGUGUUUCUUUAGGUUCACGGUACAGAGGAAGGGUCACACUACCACCAGGGUCAUAAAACUACCCCAGGAAAUGCCCACAACUCCUACGAAAGCCUUGUCAAAUGUGUGUUUCUUUAGGUUCACGGUACAGAGGAAGGGUCACACUACCACCAGGGUCAUAAAACUACCCCAGGAAAUGCCCACAACUCCUACGAAAGCCUUGUCAAAUGUGUGUUUCUUUAGGUUCACGGUACAGAGGAAGGGUCACACUACCACCAGGGUCACAAAACUACCCCUGGAAAUGCCCACAACUCCCACGAAAGCCUUGUCAAAUGUGUGUUUCUUUAGGUUCAAGGUACAGAGGAAGGGUCACACUACCACCAGGGUCAUAAAACUACCCCUGGAAAUGCCCACAACUCCUACGAAAGCCUUGUCAAAUGUGUGUUUCUUUAGGUUCACGGUACAGAGGAAGGGUCACACUACCACCAGGGUCAUGAAACUACCCCUGGAAAUGCCCACAACUCCCACGAAAGCCUUGUCAAAUGUGUGUUUCUUUAGGUUCACGGUACCGAGGAAGGGUCACACUACCACCAGGGUCAUAAAACUACCCCUGGAAAUGCCCACAACUCCCACGAAAGCCUUGUCAAAUGUGUGUUUCUUUAGGUUCACGGUACAGAGGAAGGGUCACACUACCACCAGGGUCAUAAAACUACCCCUGGAAAUGCCCACAACUCCCACGAAAGCCUUGUUAAAUGUGUGUUUCUUUAGGUUCAUGGUACAGAGGAAGGGUCACACUACCACCAGGGCCAUAAAACUACCCCUGGAAAUGCCCACAACUCCUACGAAAGCCUUGUCAAAUGUGUGUUUCUUAGGUUCAGGGUACAGAGGAAGGGUCACACUACCACCAGGGUCAUACAACUACCCCUGGAAAUGCCCAGAACUCCUACGAAAGCCUUGUCAAAUGUGUGUUCCUUUAGGUUCAUGGUACAGAGGAAGGGUCACACUACCACCAGGGUCAUAAAACUACUCCUGGAA